AUGAUGGUGGGUUCCUCGUCAUGUCCAACCAGCAGGACCACUGGUCCCAGUUCCUUCUUCAUGAGGAAAGAAUCCUACGACUACCAGUCCCUGUGCGCCCCCAAAACUGAGAGCAACAAAGGUGCCGCCCCCCGGGGGAUCUUCGUGCCAACGAUCGGCGACAUCCUGAACCUGGCGUGGUUGUCAUCGGCCGCGGCGUGGUCCGUAUUCCAGUCCCUCAUCUACAGCCUGGCGUACAGCACGUGGAUGCAGGCGGAUGACAUCAUGGCGGAAGGGGUGGAGCCACGGGAGGCCAGCUGUAUAAUGAAGCAGACGCAGUAUUACUUCAGCAACAUCAACUCCACGUACUCGGCGGUCAUUGACUGCGGGCCCUGCUCCCGAUACUUUCAUGCCCAGCGACUGUCGAACACCAAUCUGCUGUUUGUGGUGGCGGAGAAGCUGAUGUGCAGCCAAUGUGACAUCAUGAAGCUGGAUCAAGCGGAGACGCGGUCGGAAGGUCCGGAGCAGUGCGAACUGGUUCAGAUGCCUCGAUACCGAAAAGGUCCUCAUGUCUGCUUCGACUACAACCAGAUGGAGGACACGUCAGACUGCGGCAGAGGCUCCAUGUUUCGACCGUCUUGGCUCUUGCUGAUCUUUCUACAGUCGCUUCUCCUGUGCCUGGUUUCCGGCUCGACGUCGUCCACCACCGGUAGGGGGCUCUAG